AUGCCCCUUUUCAGCUACCUCGAUGAGAACGAGCACCUCAGAGGCCCAUUUGAAGGAGUGCAGAUGCAUUAUUGGUAUCAAAAAGGCUAUCUACCAUCAACAUUACACAUCUUUGUCCACUACGGACUAUAUGGGAGAUCGAAUACAUUGGAAGAGUUAAGAAAAAGAAAUGGCGAUUUGAAUCCGUUCCUUGAAGUUACGAAUCGGAGACUAAGCAAUCCUUACGAAGCAUCAUCGUCCAGUUUGGAUUCGGACUCGCACUCUUCAUUGCCAUGUGGUCUCAAAAAAGUAAGAAACAAGACGUGA